AUGCCUUCGCAGCGCCGCACGAGGGUUUACAGCAUCUUCCUUGUCAUCGCCAUCUUCGUCCUCUUCUACAUGACCAGAGGCGCCCGCCAGACACGUGAAUCCGACUUCUACACCAAGACACAGCAAGCGCUCCAGGAAAAAGACUUUGCCCAAGCCGCCCGACAGCGCGAUGCUGACAGCGUCGGCUCACGGCUAAAGGCCGCCGAAGAACAAGCCAAGAAGUUCGCCGACGAAAAGGACAAGGCCAUUCAUGGCGACGAAAAGAGUGUUGCCGGUCGAGUCAAGAUGGAUGGGGACAAGGUGCCUGGUGUCGCUGCGCAAGGUGGCCGACCCCGCGAUCAGGCUGCGGCAAAGGAGCACGAGACGCCAGAGGACCACGAGGUCGAGAUGGAAUUGAACGCCAUCCUCAAGAAGAGUCCGAUCAUCAUCUUCUCCAAGACCUACUGCCCACACUCGCGAGACGCAAAACACGUCCUACUCGAAAAGUACAAGAUCGUGCCCGAACCGUAUGUCGUCGAACUCGAUAUCAACCCCCUCGGCCAGCAGUUGCAGGCCUUGUUGGGCAAGUCUACCGGUAGGAGAACGGUACCCAACGUCUUGUUGAUGGGCAAGAGCAUAGGAGGCGGCGACGACAUAGUACAUCUCGACGAGACUGAUCAGCUCAUUACCAAGAUCAAGGAACUUGGCGGUUCCCGCAUCACCGAGGCACAACGCCGUAGUGCACGGCCAGAGGUUCGAAGGGCGCGGGAAAAGGCGUAG